AUGAUCACCCGACUUCAAAAGAUGAUGCAAUCUCACUGUGCUGAAGCAAUGUCAGUACUGACUGCCACAACAGAAAAUACUGUGGGAACUGUUGGUACUAACGGGCGUCAUGAUUCGGUAAGGAUAAUAUCUUAAGAUAUUUUGCACUAAUUUGAUUAAAAAGUGACUAAAUUAUUUUAAUCCCAUGAACAAAUUAUAUUCAUGAGCCAACGUGUCCACACUCCAGUGUACAAUGACUACUACAGGAUGAUCUCGAGUCGAACUUGGCUCCAUAUUAUACAAAUAAUGAAUGUUUAUGAGUGCAAUGGUAAGAAUAUUUUCAUGAGGUGAAAGAUGGAAUGUUCCAUUCAACGAGGCGACAGCCGAGUUGAAUGGAACAUUCCAUCUUCCACCGAAUGAAAAUAUUCUUACCAUUGCACGAAGAAACAUUCAUUAUUUGUUUUAUAUAAUACCAAAAUAGACUAAUAGAUUCGUAUGAGAAGCAUUUUGAGGGAUGCGAUUUAUCGAAAACACAACGAGUGCAAUUGUACUAUACGUUUUAUUCCAUUGCACUCGCGGAGAGUGCAAUGGAACGUGUUCCAUUGCACUCUUGGGAAAUGGAAUUUUCUAUUCAAUAUCACGUGACCAUAAACAGCCAAUUAAACGAUUAGAAUUUAAUAAGGUAUUAUAUAAAACCUUCUGUAUAGCAAUAACUUAAUUACCCAACAAUGUAAUGAUAACCUUGAGGUCAAGGUAGAGGCUCGUAGAGCUCUUGCACUGUCAUUGGUACUGUAUUGCCCAGUUAUAAGCUUUUAGAUUGUAUUAAAUUUACAAACGAUAGUUCCAAUGCAAUACUAUAUUUUUCAACGAGUUUGUUUGACCAUUGUCUUUAAUGGCGUCCUGUACGCAUAAACAACCCCCUUAUGCUUGUCUAUAUCGCACGGUAACACCUUCAGGUACAGUAGCUGUCAGCUUAACUUGUACUGUAUAUCGUACACAGGACGUUUAACAAAAAUCCUUUCUUGUUUUAAGACAUGGAUGUUACGGCAGACACCAGCCCUUGUCACGAGUGCCGCACACAUUGGACCCCUUCGUGAGUCAACACGCGCUUUUUCGUCUUUUGUAACACCUGACAAUUAUGGUCAUGUGAUGCAGUCGUCAGCCAUCAGUAACAGAAGUCAUCCACAACAAGCACUACAUUACACACAUGCUACACAUAUCGCAAAGAAUGAGAGUGAUGACUCGGUACAUAACUGGGUAAGACUGCCCACAAUGCCUGCAGACACAACAACGCAUGUAACAUAUCCAAGUACAUCCUACGUCCCGGGUGAAGCUGUUGUCAAUGAGCUAAGGCGUACAUUCCAAGGGAAUGACGGUCAGAAACAACAAAGGAAUGGGCAGAGUACUCAUUAUCCUCCUCAAAGCUCACAAGACCCUGAAAUAGAAGAACAGGUCAGUAUUAGUUGUAUUUCUCUUGUUUUCAAAAAUAAUUUUCUGAGGAAUUUUUUUAAUUUUCGAUUUUCUACACACCGCCGUAGCUUGCUCGCAUUCCUGGCAAGUUACACGGUCCUACACCUCGCUUGAAGGGUUAAUUGUAAAUUAUUUUGAAGGGGAAUAAUGCACAAACAUAUAAAUAAUUUGAUAUUUUGUUUGAUAAUUCUACCUGUGAGUAUUCGGGAUAAAUAAUAUCAUUUAUGUAAUUCCCUCGGUCUGAGGUUUAUAAUUUCUCUCGAGUACGGUAUUUGUACAGCCUCGUUAACUAUAGAGCAAAUUUUAAACUACGAUUAUCCUGGACGACGAAAACCUUGGCCUAACCGCAGAGCUGAAUCAGCAAUUCGGCUUUGCCCGAGGUUUUUUAUGUUACAUUACUAAAUGACUAAGAAAAUUCCUGCAUGAUGUUGGCAAGUGUGCCAAGUAUUAGGCUAACUACAGUAUAUCUUAACUAACUUAAUUCUUUGUGGAAACUAACCUGGCUUAUUUAUAGAAGUAUAUAAAAAUAUUUCAGGAGAUAAGUCCAACGACAACAAAUGAAAGUUUGAUAGAGCAAUCUCCUGAUGAUCUAGAGACUACCAAACCACAGUAAGUACAGUAACUGUCUCCUCACAUGCAACUAUUCUAUGUUCUACACUACUAUCCCUUGUGUACUGUGCCGUAUUGUAUGGUACUGUUCUCUAUUGCAUUUGGCAUUCUGGAAAUAUUUGGAUUGGAAUUGAAUUGCAAUACCAAAGUAUUUUUUGUUGGUCUCUGAAUCACUAUAUUAUUUAUAUAUGGUAGUGCAGUUUAUUGUCCUACUGUUACAUUGUCUUCUAUAAAUACUGCAUUCAUUCUUAAAUACCUUACUUUAUAUAUUUAUUCCGUCUUGUAUACUGUACUGCAUACAUUCUUGGACCCUUUAUAUAUUUAUUCCGUCUUGUAUACUGUACUGUACUGUAAUGUACUGUAAUCUAAUCUAAUGUAAUGUAAUGUAAUGUAAUGUACUGUAAUGUACUGUACUGUACUGUACUGUACUGUACUGUACUGUACUGUACUGUACUGUACUGUACUGUACUGUACUGUACUGUACUGUAGGCGCUUUCCAUUGACACGUCCAGACCGGUCAGAACGACCAAAUUGUUGAAUGGAACACAGAACGUUUGGACUUCGGACCUUUCUGACGGGAAUAUUUGAAUGAAAUUAGAAGGAGGUUCGUUUUCGCUAGAUUUUUGAGAAACCUGGAUCAGUUAUUUCCAUUAAUAAAGAGACAGAAAUUCUGCAAUUUUAUGUGCGAUUUUCUUUUGACGAUGGAUGUGAACGAGUGGAUGAAAUGACUGUUCAAGUGUGGGUACAUAUACUCAGAACAUUCGUAACUCAUCUGCACUGCUGGAAAAUGUCCUGCAGCGUCAGCAGCUCGGUCAGCAGCACCGCUGCCAGGAAAUGUUUAACAAAAUAUCUUCGCAGGAAAUUGUCUUGCACCUUGCAGGAAAUGUUUGUCAUCUUGUACACUGGAAUGCCGUAUAAUUUACUUAUUUGCAAGUCGCAAUUGUCUUGUGCCAAACUCACACUGUGUGCGGCACCAUACAUUCUGUGAAAUCUGCGUAUGCAGGAAGUUUUAUGUUUGCCUUACACAGGAAAUGUUUAUUUUCGGAUUUUGCUGCCAGGAAGAGAAAUAUAUUUGUUAGGCCUGCUCAUCUGCUUGUUCACAUGCAUCAGAAGGAGACAAACGCACUAGAAUUCGCAGUAAAAUUGCAAGACUAUAGUGUAAGCGGGUGUUACAGAUAUUAUCAGCAUUUUUGUUGGUGCGUAUUUAUUGCAGCAUAAGUUAUUAUUGUUGUUUUUAUAGGCGCUACCUUUUGUUUUUGGUUACUGUAGUAGGGUUUUUUUCUUUUAUUUUAUGCAAUUUCUCAUUCAAGCUUACCUGUGAACUUAAGCACGGAUGUUUUAAAGAUGCUUCAACAACAACAAUCCAGACAAACUGAACUCAACCACUAUGUCCGUCAGGUAAAUUGCAUGGCAGGUAUUCCGAUGAAAUUGUACUUAAUAAAACCUUUCGAUAAUUACGUCACGAAUGCAGUCCACAAUCAUUAGGGAAAAUAGGCUCCCAAGGGGCUAAAUACAGGAAAUACAGUACUUUUAUUGUGUUUUUGUAAAGCUGUUGGAGAAAUCGCCAAGCAGCGCAAGUAAUGAAGAGUUUACUGAUUUAGCUGUAGUCACAUCAGAUGAUGGAUAUGGUAUGUAUGUAAACAAAAAACACAGACUGAAGCGAGGCUUCUUGGGGCAAGAUUGGGCAGGCAUAGGGCACCGCGAGGCGAGUAAUCCGCGCUCCCGUCCUCUGUCUCCCAUUUCAUCCCUAUUUGUUCCCUCUUCACGAAUAAUUUACCCUCCUUACCCUGCUUUAUACAGAUAGACUAGAAGCGCAGAAUGGGGAUGCUAGAUGCCUCUGUUAAGGAGAGUGGACCGUCUGACGCUUAAUCAUCUUACAUGAAUGAACCAGAAUCUUAUAAAAAAAUAUUUGAAAAUAUUUUCGUAAUACACCCUUUCGAUAAUUACGUCACACAUACUUUUUGGUCCUGGGGCCUCGCCUCUCAUCACGAAAUUACGCAAGGUGAUUGGCUCACGAUUCAUGAGAGCGAGGCUCCCAGGCCAAAUAACGUAAUUAUCGAAAGGGUGUAUUCAUGACUUACAAAUAUUAUCUAUCUCUUUUAUUCAUUAUAGACGUCGAAAAAAACAAAAGAUUGGCGGCUAAUUAUAGGGAACAAACCAGUCCCAACAACUCGCAGCCGGUAAAUCGUAGUUUUAAUAUGUAUAAAAUGCACAAACAUUACUUAAAAUGUUUGAUUGUGUAAUUGGCAGGGUGCGAUAAUUCAAUAUUAUUAGCCGUACCUGACUGGUACUCCGACAACUUUUGCCGCGUACCUGGUCUGGUACAAACUUAAGAGUCAAGACGUACCUAAGACUACUUCCGAGUCAUGCGUUUUUAUACCUACGUAUAAUUUACUGGUCCAAAAGCAAAAAAUGUAUGGGCAAUUUUGUACAAAUGAAUCUUUAUAAUUAUGGUAUUUGUACAACUACAUAAUAUAACAGUUUUCAAAGCGUCAACGUUGUGACUCGAAUGCCAUCGCUCAUUUACAGUGGAUUUACCGAGGGUGCUAACAGUCUGACCUCAGCUACAUACAGUGUAGUUUUCCUCAUUGGGCCUAACAAAAACCUGUACAUGUGGUUCCGGUUUCAUAUCGCGAAAAAAAUAGGGUCGGCGUUUGACGAUAAAGAUUUUAAAAUCGCUCACCCGAGCGAUUUUUUUUCAGUCGGAUGAUGACGAUAAAUUUUUUUAACAAGCGCAAAGAUUUGGCUUUUUUCAUCCCAAAAUAUGUCGGAUGCGUGGAAUUUACAUGUAUAGCUAAAGUUCUUCAAUACUUUGGAUACUUUGGCAGGUUUGCUAGUUAUUGCUAGAAGGAAAAUGUAAGUACGCGAAUAGCAAAUUUCCGCGUACCUACGUGGUACUUGCCUAAAAACAAAGAAGUACCAGACCAUAAAUUUGGCGUACCUCCGGUACGUUGGUACGCGAAUUAUCGCACCCUGUAAUUGGGAUUGUAUCAAUAAUAUUUCAUUUUCUACACAAGAUUUUUUUUCACACAACGUGAUCAUGCCUACUGAUAUUUUCUCACUGUUCCUCUACCUUACACUUCUUACUCGCCUUAUAGGAUAUGUUAUCCAGCCAAUCCACGUAUUCAGAUUUUGGUGAUGUGAAACAAAUGGCAUUCACCAAAUCUGCUGCG